CUUGAAUGAAUAAAGAGACUAUAAUAGCAAAAGUACAUGAUGAUUGGGAGCAACUCUUAAAGGCAAUGGCUUGUUCGACUCAAAAGACAGCUACCUUAUUUACUCAAGUUGAUACACAUUCAAGAAAUACAAAGAACAAUCUGGAAAAGACAUUUGUAUUACUUGAUAGUUUAUUACAAAAGUAAAAAUUAUAUCAUUUUUAAUCAUCAUCAUUAUUAAGCUUUUCUAGAAAUCAACAGAUUCUUGCUUCAAAUCAUUUAAAUGAAAUACAAGCCUCUUUAGAUUUAACUUGUGUGGCCAAGCAUCAUUGGUCUCAUUAAUUUUAUUUUUUUUAUUUUUGUUUUUAUUUAAGAAAUAUGCCCAUCAUUGAGAUUGGAUCGCACGAAACUUUUCAAAAGGUCAUUCAACACAAUAAGCUGAUUGUCGUUGACUUUUAUGCUGUCUGGUGUGGCCCUUGCAAGGCCAUUGCACCAAGAAUGGAGAGCUUUGCAGCUACUUAUUCAGACGUCGUAUUUCUCAAGGUUGACGUCGAUACUCUCAAGGAAACAGCAGCUCAAUAUCAAAUCACGGCUAUGCCUACCAUUUUAUUCUUUAAACAAGGCCAAAAAUUAGGUCAAGUUGUAGGGGCCAAUAUCAAAGAAAUUCAAGAUAAAAUCGAACAACUACGUUAAUCUUUUUAUUAUUUAAAUAAAGCAUCUUUCAAAACAUGUAAA